UCAUUAGCGAAGUGAUUUGGGACAAAGUUGAUUAAGGUAGAGUUUCAAUAUGCACUCCAAAGUUAGGCGACCAUUAUGGAGUUUUUUUCUGCCCGCUACUGUAAGUAGCCGCCUUCGAACCAUUGGGUAUAACUCCUUUAUGUUGAUGUUUUUUAUUUCUUCAGCGGCUAUUCUCAACAGUCAGUCCUACUAUAGGUCUAAAUUGUUGGAUGAGGACGAAAAAACGUGUGACCGAAUCGACCGUCGUGCAUAUGUUGCAUUGCCUGAUGGCCGCAUGGCGCUCGUUUACCCCAUUAUUGACACCCAGGCAACCUUUACUCGAACUGUUUUGGCAUUCCUAGACUCUGUUAAUAUCUUGCCCUGA